GGGGUGGGGGUCCCGCGGCCGCCAUGACUAACGUGUACUCCCUGGACGGGCUGGUGGUGUUCGCGCUGCUGCUGGUGUGCACCUGCGCCCACCUGCGCCACGUGCCCCGCAUCAAGGGCUGGCUCCUGAGCGAGAAGCGCGGCCUCUGGGGGGUCUUCUACAAGGCCGCCGUCAUCGGCACCCGCCUGCACGUGGCUGUGGCUGUGGCCUGCGUGCUCAUGGCCUUCUACGUGCUGGUGGUGAAGUGACCCCCCCCUGCAGCGGUGACGGCCACAGAGAGCCCGGUACCACCCCCCGGCGCCCCACAGCCCACCCGGACCUAUGGGGGGGU